CAUGCAUAUAUAGGAUUUAACAUACAUAUAUACAUAUGUGGUAGAGAAACCAAACAACUUGUAUGAUAUCGUUAUUGGAAACAAACUUACUCUACAGCAAUCACCAUGUCUAUAAUUACAAAGAAAACAAUUUUGUCAGUGGAUCUACCAUGUUUAAAGUGCAAGAAGAAGGUAAUGAUGUCGAUAUCAUCCAUAGAAGGAAUAGACUCAAUAGUUCUAGACCCUUCUAAAAACACAGUGACAAUAAUUGGUGAGGCGGAUCCUGUAACCAUUAUCAGAAAGGUGAGAAAGUUUAAAAGAUCUGCACGCAUAAUAAGCGUAGGAUCUGCUAAGGAAGAAAAGAAAGACGAGAAAAAAGAUGAUAAAAAAGAAAAGAAAGACGAAAAGAAAGAUGUUGUGACACAUGUUUUCCAUCCUUCGACCCCAAGAACAUGCCAAAAAUGUGAUGUAUGGUAUGUUGUUAACCAAGAUUACAUUAGUCCUUGUCAUAUUUUAUGAGCAUCCCUUACUGUAUAUAUUUUUAUUAGGAUUGUAGUUUGGCUAUUGAUCAUAAUUUGAUGACAAUGCUAUUUAUGGAUUAGCUCUUCUAAUAUAUAUAUUGAUGGUCAAUCA